AUUUGUACUGGCAUCAGAAGUAAUUCAGUUUUAGUCUGCAUCUGACUGUUUCAGCGCUUAAACGAACUUCCAGGAAUAUUUCGGUUAAAAAAUAAACCAUCAGAUUACGGGAACAAAAGAGCUAUACUUGCCAACCAGCGUAAUUAUGAGCAGCGGAGCCAAUCCAAAAAAAGACGCAUCGUCAGACCCUCCUGUUCCGGUGAAUGAAAUGGAAAAAGUUAACCUUAACGAGUCGACUCCAGCGGUCGCGAACCAAGGUUCUCAACCUCAGCCGUCCGGAUCGGAACGGAUCGAAAUCCAGCUUCGCAUUCCCGACCAACACAUGGCGAAGCAAAUUAUGGACAAAACCAUCGCACUGUUGCAGAAAACUGCAGAUGAAACUGCGGAUCCGAAUGAAAAAGAGCAGGCACUGCAGUGCAUUCAGCUCAUUCGACGAGACAAUCCCCAACUUGCUGCCCUUGGCAAGCCUGGCUUCUAAAGCAGAAGCUAAAGGGGAAAGCAGAUUUCAUGAGUUUCUUGAAGGUGCAAAAUUUACGUCAAAAUAUCACAGCAUGAAAAGUGUCCAAUGUGCCCUUCGACGCUAGGCAUGAUCUCACUGGUUGAUCCGGUAUCAGCAUGAGUCAGCUUUUGUUUUAGCUUACGUUUUGCUGAUUUUCAAAUGAUAUUUGUUUUUGAUGAAGUUUUCAUCGCCCAAUUCAGUCUUUUUUGAAUUCAGCUUAAUGUUCAGAAAGAAGCAAUUUUGGAGUAAAUUGACUUCAUUUAAAAGAAAACUGACAUAAAAUGUUGAAUCAUCCGAAACUGAUGGAGGCUUACAGCUCGAUUGACAGUCUAGAUCCCAGACCCACAAAUUCCGUUUAGUUUGAACAAAACAAAAAAAAAAUAAAGAAUUAUUGGGCAUAGAGUUUAAAUUGUUGAGAGAACGUUCAAAUAUUACAAAUUAUUUUUGUUUACUCAUGUCACUUCUCAGGUCCACAGAUCAGAUCAGAUCCACUCUAGAAUAAAUUUUCAAAACAACUCAUGAGUCAUGGGAUUCCUAUGCAGAUAUGACCUUUUGAAAAUUUAGUUGAGAAUUCAAACUAAACUUUUUUUGUAAUCUACGAACUGACUCUUUUUUUCUGCCAAUUCGGCUCGAUUUUUUACAUAACCAGACAAAAACAAGCUAGAAUCCAAUGUCAACUGAGCUUAACUAGAUCCAUCGCACUAAGAUAUAUUCGGGUCAAUAAGCGUUAUCAUGCCUCGCGCGGAAGAUGUUUGAAAUCGAGCGAAACAAUUAAGUACCGGAUUCGAGUGGUAGAAAUGACAGUUCUCAGUUUACGUUACCAUAACAAUUCAAUUCAAUUCAAUUCGGUUUUAUUGGUGAAUAAUUAAGAUACAAUGAGUUAUUUUGAAGUGAGCAUUACCAUAACAAAAUUUGUUAUUAGUCUGAUAUUGGUCGACAGCCAAAACAACUUUUGAAUAACAUUUUUUGUUAUGGAAGAAUACCUCCAACUGUUAUUGGGAUGAUCGGAUUAGUUGUUAAAAUAACAAAAAAGAAUAACAAAGAUUUGUUCGAAGAAUAACUUAAAAUGUUAUUAGUCUGUUAUUAAAAUAACAAUCUGUAGUAGGCCAUGCUAACUAUCAGCACUCCCAGCACAGUUCGUUACCGGCCACCCAACAAGUCGGACGUAAUAAACCACAGUUACUCAACAAACUGUCUUUCACUGUAGCCUAGCAACAGUUACAACAUUUGGCGACGAGGAAAAAAAAAUUUUCCUGGAGCUCUCUCGAAGUUUUUUGCCACCUCAAGCCGCCCAGGAAAAUGUCCGACGUGGAUCUUCGGCAAGUUAUCCUCAGGCUGGACGCGCUCCUUGCAAAGCAGAACCUGAUGUUGGAGAAAUAUCAAGUUUCGCCAAGUUCCGAACCUGCCAACAACGAGCCCCAGGAGGAAGCACACAUCUCUGUGUCUAGCGCACCGGAGAACCACGCAACGGAAGAAUGCCACCGUGUGGCCAACCUCAAGCAGGUCGUGCAGACGGACCUGAAGCAGAAGAAGAAGCACAUCCGCACCGAGCUCAACGGGACGACCGUACCGAUGCAGCUGGAUACUGCUUCCGACACCACGCUGUGUGCCAUGAAUCCGGAUCAACACCACGAAUCGCUUGGACGCUGCAAGACAGUUCUGCGUGCCAAGAAUCUGGAAGCAUCCUCGGAACCGCUUGGACACACCGCUCGCACACACAAUCCGCAAGACAACGAGGCCGUCAUCGAUCCAGAUCAACCCGUCGAUCUGGCCGUCUCAAGUCCAACCUACGACGAUCCCCGCACGGAGCCCUCCGACAGUGUUCCCGGACCCGAUCAUCGUCCGUCGCCGGCAUCGAGCGACGCCAUCAAGCUUGCCGACACCAGUUCCUGCGCCAACGCCGGCCAUCUGGAUCCUCAUCCUUGGUUGGUGGCCCUGCGGACAUUUCGGAAGCUCUCAACGAAGAUCAAGCAUCGCAUCUCUCUAACGUCUGCAAGAGGUCUCAAAAAUCUCGCCGAAGGAGGAAAAGCGGUCACAGAUCAUCCCACAAACAUCGCCUGGUUGACGAAUCAUCUCGAGCCGUCAUACGUCGAUCGCGGACCACACCUGGCUUGGCCGCCGCGAGACGAUCGGAAACGGCUACAACCGGAAACUGGUCCACCAGUGAAGCAGUUCAGUAGCAGGAAGAUUGGCCGUCCGCCAAAUCUCCUAAAGGGGGAGAUGUAGUAGGCCAUGCUAACUAUCAGCACUCCCAGCAAAGUUCGUUCCCGGCCACCCAACAAGUCGGACGUAAUAAACCACAGUUACUCAACAAACUGUCUUUCACUGUAGCCUAGCAACAGUUACAACACAAUCCAAUAACAAAAAAAUCAUAACGAUGAAUAACAAAUCUUGUAAUAAAUAACAUAAAAUGUUAUUGGCCUAGUAUUUUCAAAUAUCAAAAAAUGUUAUUCCCAAGUUAUUUCCGUCUGCUCGGGUUAUAGAACCUUUUACUAGGGUGAUAAACGUGGUCGAUAUAUUUUAUUUAAUGCUGUGAUAGAUAUAAAACCUAGAGUUUAUUAGAAAACGGGCAACUCAAAUCAAAAAUCGAAGCACGAGAACUGUCACACGGAGGUACCAAUCGAGCAAAAUCCAUUGUCUUUUGCUGGUUUGGUACAUCCGUUUGACAGUCCUUGGGCUUCGAUAGGUACUUUUGAUAUAAGUUGUCCGUUCUCUAUAAAUUACGAUCCGUUCAAUAUAAAUUACGAUCCUAAAUCCUGUCUAUAUAAAACCUUAGGGAACGUUCAAAUAUUACGUGACAAGGACGUAAUAUUUAAAGGUACCUCAGGGUUAGUUCACAUAAAUAUGGUAUACAUUGAAGUUCUGUUCAAAACAUAAACAAUUGUAAUCAAUAAACUCGUGAAAACUG